AUGUCGGGCCCUCCGCCGCCGCUGAACCGCGCGGACUCGUCCAAAGACCACCGCCCUCUGCAACCGAGCACUCUUCGACAGAGCCAUACUCCUCCUAGCCGUCCAGGGAGCGGUGACAGCCAGAGCAGCGAUGUGUACCAGUCCAUCACGGCUAUUGGCGACUCGUUUGCCGGCGAAUCGACGCCCUUGAUACUGGACGACCAGUCAGGGCCCCGCGGCCAUGGCACCUUCAACCCUCAUUCUUCUUCGCCCCCCAAUGGCCUCUUUGGCGGAAGCACCGACGAUGAGAGCGAAACGCAGGAGAGCGGAUCGAACGCUGGUUUCUUCUCGUCGGUCUCGGGGAAUGAUGACUGGAAGAGGUGGCUCUCAAGGAGGAUGCGAACGACCAAGAUGGGUCACAGUAGCGAGCUGGCUGAGCAGGCUGGGUUUCGAGAUACCCCCUUCAUGUAUCUGGCAUACUACAUUCCGUGUCUGAACUGGAUCCAACAGUACAAGCUGUCAUACCUCCAGGGUGACUUCAUUGCAGCCGUCACCAUGGCCUCGUUUUACCUCCCGAUGGCGCUCUCGCUGGCGUCUAAUCUGGCACACGUUCCGCCCAUCUUCGGUCUCUACGGCUUCAUCUUCAAUCCCUUCGUAUAUGCGUUGCUCGGAUCCUCUCCGCAAAUGGUUAUCGGCCCUGAGGCAGCUGGAUCUCUUCUCGUGGGCACUGUGGUGAAAUCGGGAGUCGAUUCUGGAGGUGAAGGCUCAGAGGACAACGACAUUUUGCAUGCCCAGAUUUGCGGUGUGGUUGGCGGUAUGGCUGGCGCCAUGGUCCUCAUUGCGGGGCUGGCCAGAUUGGGUUUCUUGGAUAGCGUGUUGAGCAGGCCCUUCUUGAGAGGGUUCAUCUCUGCCAUUGGUUUUGUUAUUGCAGUGGACCAGCUGAUCCCAGAGCUUGGCCUUGCUGCCCUUGCGGAAGAGGAGGGCGUAAAUCACGGAAGCAGUGUCGACAAGAUUGGAUUCAUUUUCAGGAACGUUGGGGAGACUCACAAGCUGACCUUUGCUGUUGCGGGUGUCAGUUUCGUGAUUAUUAUGAUAUUCCGCGAACUAAAGCGUCGUUUGGAGAAGAGGUUUCCUGGAGUUGCCUUCUUCCCUGAUCGAUUCCUCGUCGUUGUCGUUUCGGCUAUCCUGUGCUGGCACCUUGACUGGGAAGACAAGGGAGUCGAGGUUCUGGGAUCUGUCAAGGCCGCCUCCGGAGGCAUCUUUGAAUUCCGAUGGCCGUUCCAGCUCGCCCAUAUGAAGCACAUACGCUCAUCCAUGUCAACGUCUUUUCUCAUUGCACUCCUCGGCUUUUUUGAGUCGUCGGUUGCGGCAAAGAGCCUGGGCGGUAGCUCGAUCCCUGGCAUCGAACUCAGUGCGAACCGAGAGAUGAUUGCCCUGGGAACUGCCAAUCUCGUUGGCUCCAUGUUCAUGGCACUGCCCGCGUUUGGCGGCUAUGGACGAAGCAAGGUGAACAAGACGACCGGUGCAAAGACUCCAAUGAGCUCCGUGUUCCUCAGUCUGUUGUCAUUGCUGUCCGUCUUGUUUCUGUUGCCAUAUUUUUAUUUCCUGCCGAAACCCGUUCUUUCGUCAAUGAUCUCCGUCGUUGCAUGGUCGCUGAUAGAAGAGGCUCCUCACGACAUUUCAUUCUUCCUAAAGAUUCGGGGCUGGACCGAGCUGGGCCUCAUGGCAGCCAUCUUUCUCUCCACCAUCUUUUACUCCCUGACCCUGGGUAUGGCUCUGGGCGUAGGAAUCUCCCUGCUCCUGGUUAUCAAGCACAGCACUCGUCCCCGCAUCCAGAUCCUGGGUCGUGUACCCGGCACUAACCGAUACGAGAACCCCGAAUCCCUCGACUCUAGGAUCGAGUUUAUCGAGGGAUGCCUCAUCGUCAAGAUUCCGGAACCCCUGACGUUUGCCAACACCGGCGAGCUCAAAGCGCGCCUUCGGAGAUUGGAGUUUUACGGCACGUCGCGAGCGCACCCCGCCCUGCCGCGCAUUCGCAGCCACGAUUCAAACCGCAACAUCAUCUUCGACAUCCACGGCGUGACCUCUAUGGAUGGAUCUGGCACGCAGGUGCUCGAGGAAAUCGUGCGGGAGUACCGCGAGAGGGGCGUACGGGUCUUUUUCGCCCGCGCACCGCAUCACCGGGAUCACCCUGUGUGGCAGCUCAUGGACAAGAGCGGCAUCGUCGACUUGUGCGGCGAGAGGCACUUUGUCAAUGACGUCGAUGCUGCACUGCGACUGACCGAAUAUGAGGACAGCGUGAUGACGCAGUGA